AUGGCGUCUUACGACGAAGUGAACGCUGCUCGUGAAUACCUGCAAAAGAAAAUCCCUUUUAAACCUCUAGUUGGUUUAAUCUGUGGCUCAGGUUUGGGAAACCUUAGAGAUGGCAUCAAAAAUCAAAUUGUAAUUCCCUACGAAGAUAUUCCAAACUUUCCCAAGUGUACAGUGGAAGGACAUUUCGGCAACUUGGUAUUUGGCACUAUUGGCAACAAGCAUGUUAUGCUGAUGCAGGGACGUUUACAUGGUUAUGAAGGCUAUACUCAGCAACAGGCAAUUCGACUGAUGAAACUCAUGGGAUGUGAAUAUCUCAUCUGCACUAACGCUACUGGCUCAGUUCACUUAGAUUAUAAUGUCGGUGAUCUAAUGGUAGUGAAGGAUCAUAUCAGUAUUCCUGCCCUUGCGGGCUUCAAUCCGCUUUGUGGACCAAAUGAUGAGAGGUUCGGAACACGAUUUCCAGCUCUCUCCGACGUAUAUACCAAAGAACUUCGACAACUGACCUUCAGUGUUGCAGAGGAGAUGGGUAUCAUGAAUAAAAUGCACGAAGGUGUUUACAUGUACGUUUUUGGUCCUACCUUUGACACGAUUGCUGAAGACCGUGCUCUUCGCCUCCUUGGUGCUGACGUUUUGGGAAUGAGUUUGACAGCUGAGACAACUGUGGCCCACCACUGUGGAAUGAAAGUUCUGGCUAUCGCUCUUGUAACUAACCGCUGUACUUUUGAAAGAGGCAAGCCACAAUCAACCCACCAAGAGGUUCUGCAAGCGGGUCUAGAGAGUAGCAAAAUCAUCACCUGCUUGAUCACUCAAGUACUGGAGAAAUUAUAA